AUGACCACUGUCACGACUACUGAAAGGUCUUUGCAGGACGGCAAUCUGCCACCGCUGUCGCACGCCACAGAAGAUGGCCCAGUCCAGCGCACCAAGACUUCGUUGUCACCUCUUGGCUUAUACGGUCUCCCUUACUGGGGUAAUGAAAAGGGGGAAAAAAUACCUCCCCUAGAGCCCUUCGAGCAUUAUGAACAUGGCAAAGAUGCGGAUCCCAACUUUGGAUCCUUGUUGAAAGAAGGAGUCAAAGUUUCUGACAUCACAAAGUCCAUCGGCGCAGAGGUUACUGGCGUCCAGCUUUCUCAGUUGGACAACGACGCAAAGGACGAACUCGCACUAUUGGUUGCGCAAAAGAAGAUCCUAGUUUUCCAUGAUCAGGAUUUUAACACCAUCCCAAUUCAACAGGCUGUUGAUUUCGCAAGCUAUUUUGGGAAACUACAUGUGCACCCUGUGAGUGGCGCUGUUGCCGGAUUCCCUCAGCUUCAUAUGGUUUACCGUGGUCCUGAGGAUGUCGGUCACGACAAGUUACUAGAAACUCGAACCACUUCUGUUUCAUGGCACAGCGACGUAAGCUACGAAUUACAACCUCCGGGGACAACCUUUCUGUUCGCCAUAGACGUUCCCGAGGGUGGAGGUGAUACUCUGUUCGUGAACCAGGUCAAGGCAUACGAGCGACUGUCUCCCGCGUUCAGAGAGCGACUGGCUGGGCUUAAGGUCUUCCAUUCCGCACAUGAACAAGCUCACGCAGCGCUCAAAAAUGGGGGGCAACUGAGGAGAGAUCCUAUCACUUCCGUGCACCCUCUGGAUUCUCUCCCUACCCCUCGUCGCGACAAGAAUCAUCAGGUCACGAAAACCGGCUUAGAUGAAACCAUCGCAAAGAUCGAACGAGAGCAGAACAAGGCUGACAGGCUCCAAAUCGAGCGCGACAACAUGUGGCCUUCCAUCAAAGCGUAUGAGGCCGCUAUCCAGGAACAUCAGCGGAUCAUCAUUAAGUCGCGAAACAACCAGACCAUUCGUGACAAAGAAACGGAUAAAUGUGAACAACGCGAGACACAGCUGGACGAUGAGCUAGAUAGGAUGUGGAACUUGGAGAAGGACAUUGAUCAUACUGCCUGUGUCAUCGUUGAGUUGCUAGACGAUCAGUACAAGAUUGAGGCGGAGCUGGCUUACGUAGAGAGCACUAUGGCCCACGCUCUGUAA